UUUGCGGUAUUGGGGGGGGGGAGUGACACGUCCUGCCUCGCCCUGAAUAAAUACUGAGUCGAUGCUGCCAACCUCUGUAUGGCACGGAGGGAAGUUCCCUGUCAAAAGUACACAGACAUGCACUCUUAGCCAGCAUCAAAAGUCCAAUGUUCAGCACCGCCUGCUCGCCUUUUUAUUUUUUCCGCCGCCGCUGCACUGAACACCCGGACUGCACCAGGACUCACAGCUGGCUGGGUUUGCGGCGAUAGAGGAGGUCCGGAUUGACUUCAAAAAGAAAGUUAGGCCGGGGUACCGCAGUCAUGUCUGGACAAACAUUUGUCAGCCCGUUUCACAGACCCCAGUGUUUGGCUGCUGCAGCUUCCGCGGGGAAAGCCAAACUUACCCAUCCCGGCAAGGCCAUUUUAGCAGGUGGGAUUGCAGGAGGCAUAGAGAUCUGCAUCACCUUCCCAACAGAAUAUGUUAAAACACAACUGCAGCUAGAUGAAAAGGCCAAUCCUCCUAAAUACAAAGGCAUUGUUGACUGUGUGAAGCAGACAGUGAAAGGUCAUGGUGUGAGGGGUCUUUAUAGAGGUCUAAGCUCGCUGGUCUAUGGCUCUAUACCUAAAGCAGCUGUCAGAUUUGGGAUGUUUGAGUUCCUCGGUAAUAAGAUGCGUGAUGAGAGUGGCAAACUAGACAGCAAGCAAGGAUUUUUCUGUGGCCUUGGAGCUGGAGUGGCAGAGGCUGUGGUUGUAGUCUGUCCUAUGGAAACAAUUAAGGUCAAAUUCAUCCAUGAUCAGACAUCAGCAAAUCCAAAGUACAGGGGAUUUUUCCAUGGGGUGAGGGAGAUUAUUAGAUCCCAAGGACUAAAGGGGACUUAUCAAGGGUUAACAGCCACUGUCCUAAAACAAGGCUCAAACCAGGCCAUCCGCUUCUAUGUCAUGACUUCACUAAGAAACUGGUACAAAGGUGAUGACCCCAACAAAGCCAUUAACCCUUUGAUAACUGGACUGUUUGGAGCUAUUGCCGGGGCUGCCAGUGUCUUCGGAAACACUCCCCUGGAUGUCAUUAAGACCAGAAUGCAGGGCCUUGAAGCUCACAAGUACAAAAGCACAGUAGACUGUGCGGUCAAGAUCCUGAAGCAUGAGGGACCACUGGCGUUCUACAAAGGUACUGUGCCUCGGCUGGGUCGGGUGUGUAUGGAUGUCGCAAUAGUCUUCAUUAUCUACGAGGAAGUUGUGAAGCUCCUGAACUUGGUUUGGAAGACGGACUAAAAUCAAGUUGUGCUAAAUAAGCAGGACUGUCAUGACAGGCCAAUCUCCUUAAAUCCUGUUUCUAGGUUCAAAUAUCUACCUCCAAGUGAUUUUUCAGAAAGAAAGAAAGAAAGGGAUUGGUAUGUUCUUGAUUUAUUUAUAGCCCAGCAAACAGUAGUUGGAACUAUUAUCUAGCAGAAUCACUGCUUACAGAUGCUCUUUUUUUUUUAAAAAAUUCCACAGAACAUUUUUUCACCCUGCUCAAUCAGAGAACUGAGAGCGCUCUCAACACAAACAAGGAACUAAAGUUUGUACGUACUGAAUCAAAGACAAACCAGUUACUUACCUAAUGUAAUAUAUAAACUAUAGGUUAAAAAAUUAUGGGGAGUUGACUCAAAUUUAUUGAAUCAAAAAUUUAAACCCCUUUUAUAUGCAAGUUGUCAGAGAGGUUAGAAACCAUUCUGAGGAUGUGAAAUGCUCCAAAAGCUGCAGGUACAUUAACCCAUUCACUGCCAGCCAUUGGCAGUGAAUGGGUUAAACCCAUUGACGGCUAUAGACGUCAAUGGCAGUGAAUGAGUUAAGAACUGCAUGGCCGAAGUCAAGAUUACAGAGUAAUCUGCUUUGUGAUUUCUUUUAUCCUCUCCAUGCACUUUGGAAGCAGGUGAAGUUGUGCCAGAAAAUUCUUUUUGCUAAGAUUACAGAGUAAAAAGUUGUGGAAGAUGCAGCAUUUCUUUAAAUGAUAAUACACAUGUUCACAUUAUUUAGAAAUGCACAUUUCCAUAAAGAAAGUGUUUGUGGGUAAAGAGGGUUCACUAUUAAGUUGCAGAGAUGUUUUAAAUCAGUUAACUUACUAAUGUCACUAAAAGUGCCUACGUGCUGUAAAAUUAAUUUUGUGGUGUUUUGCGAAUAAGAAUGAUUAUUUAAUGUUGUCACUAAAGACUAGAAUAAUUUACACAUACUACUCUGUUCCAGUCAGUGUCUAAUAAGUUCAUGUCUUCUAUUAUCCUUCGAACUGUUAGUUUUUGUUUUUUUUUUCAUUCAUUGAGAAAUGGUGUUAUUAGUGCCUUCCAUCUCAUUCCUUUCUCAUUAACUUUUAAUUGCAGUUUAUUUUUAUUCUUUACUGUGUAAUAUUAGUUGCCUUUUCUUUUUUUAAUCAACUGAUGACCCAAUGUGCCAACUGCUGCUUGAAAAUAUAAUGCCAUGCUAUUAACUGGAGUUCUAGACACGGAGUCUGGUUGUUUACAUGCAAUGCCUUUAAAUUAGUUUGCUUAUGUUAUCUCUUUGUGGAGGAGACACAAUGUUUACCACAUGUUGCCUUUUUCAGCCUCCCGUUUAACCAGACCCUACAGGAGCAUCACACUUUGUCACAGAUUUUUAAAUAUUUCUGGAGUUUUCUUGUUAACAGGUGAAUAUUCUAUGAAAAAUAUACCAGGAGUUAAAAGCUGGUAUUGUGCCUUCGAUCUUCUUAAUUCUAAUAUCAAUGCUCAGAAAUAAACAUGGAUCAGACUGUU